AGAUCUAAAACCCCAUCUAGGGAGUAAUUUCUGGGUGUUUGAGCAGUCUAAACAACCCCAAAAGAAGUUUGCUCUGUUUUCUGUCAGGAAGAGAGAUGGGGUUGGUGGGUGUCCCAGAAAAUGGGAAUGGAGAUAUGGGUGUUUCUCUGGGGAAGAAGAAUAAGUACAGGAGAAUGGAUUCUGAGCUCUCAGAGGAUUUUGAUCAUCAAUUGGAGAGGAGUAGAAUCACAAGGAAGUAUGUUGUUGCCUAUGCUGUGUUUGCAUCUCUUAACAAUGUUCUUCUUGGCUAUGAUGUUGGUGUGAUGAGUGGGGCAAUCAUAUUCAUACAGGAGGAUUUGAAAAUAACUGAGGUACAGGAAGAAGUUCUUGUAGGGAUUUUAAGCAUCGUCUCACUUUUGGGCAGUUUAGCUGGGGGAAGAACAUCAGAUUUAAUUGGUAGAAAGUGGACAAUGGCCUUAGCUGCUCUUAUCUUCCAAAUUGGUGCAGCUAUAAUGACAGUUGCACCUUCUUUCAAAAUAUUGAUGAUAGGAAGGCUGUUGGCCGGGGUUGGCAUAGGCUUAGGGGUUAUGAUUGCUCCAGUGUAUAUUGCAGAGAUAUCACCAACUGUUGCUAGAGGAUUCCUUACUUCCUUCCCAGAGAUUUUCAUAAAUGUUGGUAUCUUGCUUGGCUAUGUCUCAAACUAUGCAUUUUCUGGUCUUUCAGUGCACAUAAACUGGAGGAUAAUGCUGGCUGUGGGAAUUUUGCCUUCAGUCUUUAUAGGGUUUGCACUGUUUUUCAUCCCUGAGUCGCCAAGGUGGUUGGUGAUGCAAAAUCGAGUUGAUGAAGCAAGAUUGGUGCUGUUAAAAACAAAUGAAAAUGAAGCAGAAAUUGAGGAUAGACUUGCAGAAAUUCAACUGGCUGCUGGAAUUGGCAAUGCAGAUAAGUUUGAACAGAAAGCCGUGUGGCAUGAACUGUUAUGCCCUUCUCCUUCUCUUCGUAGGAUGCUGGUUGUUGGCUUUGGAAUACAGUGUUUCCAACAGAUCACAGGAAUAGAUGCAACUGUGUAUUAUAGUCCAGAAAUUUUCAAAGAUUCAGGCAUUGAGAAUAACUCUAAACUCCUUGCUGCAACUGUUGCUGUUGGCAUCACUAAAACUGCCUUUAUUUUAGUUGCUACUUUUCUUAUUGACAAACUAGGGAGAAAACCCUUGCUCUAUGUGAGCACAAUUGGAAUGACUAUCUGUCUGUUUACUCUGGGCCUUAGUCUUGCUUUACUGGGAAAGGGUCAGCUUGUCAUUGCAUUGACAAUCCUCUGUGUGUGUGGGAAUGUAGCAUUUUUUUCCGUGGGAAUGGGGCCUAUUUGCUGGGUUGUGACAUCAGAAAUCUUCCCUUUAAGGUUGCGUGCUCAAGCAUCUGCCCUUGGUGCAGUGGGUAAUAGAGUUUGCAGUGGCUUUGUUGCCAUGUCUUUCCUCUCCCUCUCAAAGAAGAUUACUUUUGGAGGAACAUUCUUCAUCUUUGCAGCAAUGUCAGCACUCUCUGUUCUCUUUGUUCACACCCUUGUUCCAGAGACUAAAGGAAAAUCAUUGGAGCAGAUUGAGUUGCUAUUCCAAGAUCAACCUAAAUGGCAGGGUGGCGAAAUGGAAAUGGGAGAUGUUGAGCAUCUAGUUCACAAAGCAGGAACAAAUAUUGCUUAGCAAGGUCUAUUUAACAAGAAAAUAUACUCCAGUUCUUAUAUAUUUGGUGCGUGGAGUGGUGAGAAGGCAUUCUAUGUUUACUUGAGCUUAUCAACAUGCAGAAAAUGGAUUGUGAAAGAAUCCUUCCUAGUUCCUGGCUCCUGCCUUACAUCCAUCAGGUACCUUCAAUUCAAAGUUAUUCUGUGAGUUGAUAACCAAGGGAGGAAGUUUAAUGUAUAUUUGAGUUAUACUAUUGAAGCCAGAAGCAUAUACCUGAAGACAUUAUUGCUAUACAAAUACUUUAGAAGUUACGUAGUCUUGAGAUCGAAGAGAAAAUUGUUACAUCCUUAGAUUGAUAGCUUGUAUUCUAAAAUUCUGUGUAUCAGUAAUUGUUGAAACAGUCUUUGAGAAAUUCUAAUAAAGUUUAUCAUCCAAU